UAGAACAGAUAUUACGAUAGGGAAGUCACUAAAAGUUACACAACUUCCCUGAUACAGAAAGUUUUUCCCUCAUCACCAGCUCUGCAGCUCUGAACUGAAGGAGCAUUUGACAGAAUCAAGAGCCACCAUGAAUUCAACCCCAGUGACACAGACAGAUGUUGAAAAUAAGAACAACACUACGAGUUCAACAUCUUGCAGCAAUGCAAUGUGUAUUUUUUAUGUAGCAACUGAAAUGAUCAUCUUCAUCCUGGGUUUGGCUGGAAAUGGUUUGGUGAUCUGGAUUGCAGGAUUUAAGGUGAAGAAGUCAGUCGUCAGCACCUGGUACCUGAGCCUGGCAGUGGCUGACUUCAUAUUCUGCUCCACUCUGCCCUUCGUUGUGGCAUAUACAGUCAGCAAAGACUGGACCUUUGGGGGAUUCAUGUGCAAGUUCGGUUCCUUCAUGAUAUCACUCAACAUGUACAGCAGCAUCUUCCUCCUCGUCAUCAUCAGUGUAGACCGCUGUGUGCUUGUUAUGUUUCCUGUGUGGGCUCAGAACAAGCGCACCAUAAGAAAGGCUUUAGUGACGGUCAUCUUAGCUUGGAUCAUUGCAACAACAUGUAGUGCACCAUCUGCUGCUUUUCGAGAGAUUAUUUAUGAUAAUAACAGCCAGAAAACUAUUUGUAGGUAUUACAAUAAUAAGGAACAAUACGCUGCUAUCAUAGCCUGCCGAUUUGUUUUUUCAUUUAUUGUCCCAUUCGUGAUCAUUAUCAUUUGUUAUAUUUUCAUCAUUGGAAAGCUGAAGUCCAACCAGACAGUAAAUUCCAAAAAGCCUGUUAAGAUCAUGACGGUGCUGAUUGUCACUUUCUUGAUCUGCUGGCUGCCAUUUCAAACACUUUCUUUGAUGGGAUUAUUCAUGCCACCUAAUUAUCCUUUGGUCAUUGCAUAUGUAUUUAGUCUCCUUCUUGCCCAUGCCAACAGCUGUCUGAACCCAUUUCUUUAUGCAUUCAUGGGAAAAGACAUUAAGGAGCACUGUUAUGCUUUUUGGUCAAAAAUUGAGAAUUCAUUCAAAGAGGAGGCGGAUCAGAACACUGUCCAAGGAACAGAUACCUCAAGCAGUUUACCCAGAGCAAUCACCCUUUUCCAGUUUGUGCACCACAAGUAAUGUCUUUGUUAGAUUGCCAUUGCAGCAGCAAUAUGAAAUAUGAAAAAAAAUCCCGCAAAAAAACUUCAUAUUUUAACUUAUCCACUUUUAUGUAAGAGGACUAGCUUAGCUUAACAUAUAGCCUGCUCUAUGUGGCUAAAUUUGUGAUAUUUUCCCCAUCUAUAGUAAAAGUUCCUUUACCAGUCAUCACUUUUGAACAUUCAAUAAAAAUAUUUAAAAUUUUUAAGCACCAGAGUUCAUCAUUACCCUUAAGUUAACUAUAUAAAAAAUUGCACUUCUGAUAUAAGAUGCCGUAUAAUUUUAAUUUCCAGAUGAUCUAAUUUUUAACAGGGUAAUGACUAGGGGUGAUAUUAAACACACAUUGAGAUUUUGGUGUUUUUCCAAAGCACAAAAAUGUAAAUAGUGUUUGGUUGCUAGGACUAAGAUUGGCAACCCAUGCUGUAAUGCACAGAAGGGUUCUCGAUCUCUGCCAAUCUGUUUCGAGUUAGCUCGGGAGGUUUUGUAUUAGCUGCCAUGGACAUUGAAAUAUAGAUCACAAAUACUAUUUCUCUCUUUGCUUUGAUUUACCCUAUUGUGUAAUAUGCUUGUAAUUAAAUUAAAAUUUAAAUUUGCCGUACUAUAAACCGUGAUAAAAUACAUUUAAUAGGAUGCACAGCAUGGGAUGCAUGCCCUUUUCAGCAGCUAAGUAGCCAUGGCCCGACUUGCUGAUUUAAAGUUGGGCCAAAGAAUUUUCUUAACUUAUCUUGCCCUAACCCUGUAUAUCUAUCUGUAUUACAAUACACAAUAUAACAGUAAA